CCCCUUUGCUCCUCCUUACUUUUACUAAAAUUCCCUCAACUCUUACGAUAAGAGCAGAGAGAAGAAGAAGAAGAAGAAAGUAAUCGUGAUUUGAGAGAGAGAUUCAAACAUACUUUUUUCGAUAUCUAUGUUAAUUUUAUCUUCACGAUAUGCAAUGAAACGAGAUGUUUUAAUCAUUGUAAUCUUUACAGUGUUAGUAUUAAUCAUUAUCUCCCGUUCAAGUUCGAUCCAAGCUGGAAGAUUCAUGACUACAGGAAGAAAUCGUAAUUUGAGCGUUGCUCGAUCACUAUACUACAAGAAUCAUCACAAGGUUGUGAUCACGGAGAUGUCAAAUUUUAAUAAAGUUAGACGAAGAUCGUCUAGAUUUCGGAGAAAGACGGACGGCGACGAGGAAGAAGAAGAGAAACGAUCUAUCCCCACAGGUCCAAAUCCUUUGCACAACAAGUAGAGUACUGACUACUGAGAAAGAUGCAACAUACUUCGACUUCGUAAAUUGUUCGUUUGGUGUAUAUAUGUAUCGUUAUAAGUUAGUUUACUUUUCAAGAUUAAUAGUCUUUAAUUAGGUUGGGUUGGAAACUCUAAAAUAGUAUGAGAUAAAUUUCAAUUGUUUCUAGCAUUUAAAUUUUGUAUGCUCAAAGUUGCUGGAACGAUAUGGCAAACAGAAAUAAUGGAAUCGAAAAAAUAUCGUGAUAUGUUAGAAUAAACUGAGUAAAAGUACGUUUUUGUGAAUUUUCUUUUGUCAUUGUAAUUUGUUUUAA